AUGAAGUCGCUCCGCCGGUCGCUGAACAAUUCUCACGGCCAGAACGGCCAGAACGGCCACGGCCACGGUCACGGCAGUGGGAGUUCGAGCGGCGCGCCUCACCACGCGUACUCCAACUCGCAGGGCAACGCCAUGUCCAUGGCUGCUGUGACGUCUCCCCAAGGCGCUGGCUUUCCCGCCGGCGCUGCUGGAGUGAGCGACCCGACGAUGCCUUAUACCAACCCCCUGGCGCGCCCGAGCGAGAAGGUUGCACCGCCAAAGAAGGUCAUCAAGGCGCUCCGCAACCACCGCAGCACCAACCCCCAGGAACUGAGCUACAAGCAGGGCGACUUUUGGUAUGUGACCGGCGAACGCGACGGAUGGUUUGAGGCAUUGAACCCUCUUACGGGCUCGCGCGGUCUGGUUCCCAAGGAUGACUUUGAAGAGUUUGUCAAGGGUGGUCGCCAAGUGUCUGCGGGGGCGCCGCCGCCGCAGACGCCGCCCUCGGCUACCCAGCAGCAACAUGCGCGGACACCAUCCCAGAGCGCGAGCAUCACCUUGAGCCAGAGUGGAGGACAGAUAUCCCCCACCGCACAGAUGAUGGUGCAGCCGCUGUCGCCCCAGAAUGCCCACCACAUCCCUGGCCUCCACGGCAAGAAGCACCAGCCGCUGUACGCCAUAGUCCAGUAUGACUUCCACGCCGAGCGCCCCGACGAGCUCGAGGCACGCGCCGGCGAGCCCAUUGUCGUUAUUGCGCAGAGCAACCACGAGUGGUUUGUGGCCAAGCCUAUCGGACGUCUCGGCGGCCCAGGACUGAUCCCCGUGGCGUUUGUCGAGAUCCGAGACCCCGUGACGGGCAAGGCUGUCGAGGUCUUCCCCUCGACCAUCCCGCAAGUGGAAGAGUGGAAGAAGGCGACAGCAGACUACAAGGCCGCUGCAAUCCCUCUGGGCCGUCUGGACAUUGCCCCCGAGCAGCGGGUGACAAAUUCGCCGUUUGCUGCCCAGGCGCAGCAGAACGCUCAUCAGCAGCAGCAGCAGCAGGGCGGCGCCGCGCAGCAGCCAGUGCUUGCUGGCCAGCUGCAGCAGCAGAGUCGCCAGGCCCACCAGCAGCACGGAUCCAAUCCGUCGCAUGGCUCGCAACGGACGGCCGGCACCACGCGGUCGGGGUCGCCAUCGAGCGCCAACGCCGGCGGCGCCCGGCAACCAUCGCGUGCUGGAUCGCAAGCCACGGGCCCACCUGUUGGCUAUCACCCCGAUGUCGACAACCUCCUCCCUCCUGGCGAGCUCACGCAGCUUGCCGUGCCGUCGUUCCACAACGAGUCGGGCAACUACUGGUUCCGCCUGUCUGCCGUCUUUGUCCCCGACGAGCGCACCGCUCCGGCAUACACCCUUAUCCUGUACCGCACAUACGAGGACUUUUACGACUUUCAGAUUACGUUGCUGGAAACGUUCCCUGUCGAGGCCGGCCGGCCCAACCCGGGCGAGGAGCACCUCCCGCCGCCCCAGCGCAUCCUGCCGUACAUGCCCGGCCCGGUCGACGAGGAGAUUGACGACGAGUUGACCGAGUACCGCCGCGACGAGCUUGACCUGUAUGUGCGCGCCCUGCUGCACCUGCACACGAGCCCGACCGCAGCAUACAUUAUGCGGCACGACCUGAUCCGCACCUUUUUCGCGGCCAAGUAUGGCGACUAUUGCGAGGAGACGAACCGCAACGAGGCCAUCGAGGAGCUCGAGGAGCGCAUGGGCGACGUGUCGUUUGAGUCGGGCCCGCCGUCGUCGUCGACGUCCGCCGCGGGUAUCCACCAUGUGGGUCUGGGCACGCGCUCGGGCUCCGAGGCGAGCAUGCAGCCCGCACCGCUGCCCACCGGCCCUGUGCCGCCCACGCGUGCGCAGCACAACAACAACAACAAUGCCAGUGCCAGCAACUGGAACUAUGGGCCGACGCCGACGCCGAGCUCGCACACGCGCACCGACUCGCGCGGCGCCCUGGGUCCCAUGGCCUCGGACGUGUACCAUGCCAACCACGCCAGCCAUUCCAACCACACGCGCAACGCGUCCAGCGCCGGCGGCUCGAUGGCCACCGUCGGGCCGUUGUCCAACGGCCCGCCCCAGUCCCAGUGGUCCGCGUCGCCCGUCACCGCCACCGGCGCCAGCUUUGCCAACCACAACCCGAACAUGUCGGCCGUGACCCCGAUGCUGCCCAACGUCGCCAUGGCGCCGCCUGCACCAACCGCCCCGUCCCCGGCCCUCCCCUCCGCUGCGCCCAUGGUCAUGCCCGGCGCCGGCGCCGUACCUGGCGGUGGGCCGCGCCAGGCUCCGAGCCACGGCCAAGGCGCGCAGAGCGGGUCCGGCGGCGGGUCCGGCGGCGGGUCGUCUGCCGCUGCCGCCGCGGCGUUCAUCAAGAUCAAGAUCCACGACCGCGCGACCGACGACCUCAUCGCCCUCCGCGUCCACCCGGCAGUAUCGUACCCCGAGCUGCUGGAUAAAGUGCGCGCGCGCCUCGGCCCCGCCGUCUCGGUGCUGCAGUACCGCGUCGGCGGGGGCGGCGGCGGGCCGUGUCGCCAGAUCCACGACGACAGGGGGCUCGCAGAGUGGAUGGCGCAGGAGGACAAGCUCGUGCUGUAUGCCGAGCAGUAG